AUGACGAAUUCGGGUCUUGAAUCAUCUUAAUACGCUGUAAGUGACCGAUCCUUUUAAUUGUUUAAGAGUACAUUAUUUCUGUGUUAUCUGUUCCGCCUUUUGUUUUUUGUCAGGCAUACCGAUGAACAGCCCUAAUAAGAAGGCCGCGCUCUGAAGUGAUGGUGAAAGCGUCAGCUGUUUGGUUGUGAUGGCAAGUUCGUGUAAAUGUGUUUCUGUGUACUGAAAAAGUGCAGCACAGUAGGCUGCACCGGGUAAUUUGAAAAUACAAGGAUCUUGCUAUUAUUCUGUGUAAAAUCAACUGGUCCGGCUCAGGUGGUUCGCACUGAAGAAGAAAGCAGUCAGAGCCGGCUCGGGAGGAAGAAUCACGCAGCUUCUUUUUUCGCAGGUUCCUCUUGAUGGUUAACCAAGCAGAUUUGGCAGAGUCCAGUUCUUCAUCCACCUGAAUUUUUUUUUUGUAUAUACCUUCAUUCAAAGAUGUACUGUCUUCAGUGGUUGCUGCCAGUGCUUCUUAUCCCCAAACCUCUUAAUCCUGCUUUAUGGUUCAAUCAUUCAAUGUUUAUGGGAUUCUACCUGUUGAGUUUCCUUCUAGAGAGGAAACCUUGUACCAUCUGUGCCUUGGUUUUUCUGGCAGCACUUUUCCUAAUCUGUUACAGCUGCUGGGGAAACUGCUUUCUGUACCACUGCAAUGAUUCUCCACUUCCAGAGUCUGCACAUGAUCCUAACAUCAUAGGCACUUAAUACUUUGUGAUCCUCAACAUCAUAUUUCUGAGCUUUUUCUUUUUAAUGUUAUUUCUGCAUCAGAUUCGGCAAUCUGAAAUGCUCAGGCUGUGAAUGAUUUUCUUUCCACAAUGGUGUGAAGUUCGCCUGUGGGGAUAGUUCCUUAGUAGGAGACUUUUUUUUUUUUUGUUAACAGCCACCUGUCUGUGGGCUGGGAGGUUUGCAGAGCACCCAACUGUUUUGGGUGUAUUUUGCAUGGACACUCUACUGCUUAGUUAUGAAUGCACAGAUGCAGUGCCACUAUGUGAACAUAAUCAUUUUGUGAUUUUUUUUUUUUUUUUUAUAUAUAUAAAGUGUUUCACAAAUGUGUAAUUCUGCUAAAGGAUUAAGAAACAAUAAAGACAUUUAGUUGGGUCUAAUGUCCGUAAGAAUUUCUUUCAAAUUUUCCUGUUGCUGGAGAAAAACACAGAGAAGAAGCAUGGCAAUAAUGUGAUGGAAUUUGUUUCUGUCAUUGUGAUGGAGAUGUUUUAAAGUGACACUGUAACAAAUUUUAAUAAUAAAAAAGUAGUGCAAUGCAUUUGUAUCUUUUUUUUUUUUUUUUUUUUGUAUUCAUGGAGGAGGGAAGGAUUUCAAAGAAAGCACAAUCUUCUGGUGGCUCAAGAACUGAUUUUUUUUUUUUUUUUCAAUCCAAAAUAUGAAUGAAUUAUUGUAAUUAUUGUAUGGAGUUUUAAUCCACUUAUCAAAGUCUACGGCUGCAUUCAGUAAAUAUGCCCUGCAUUUUGUGAUUGUGCUCAUUACCAGUGUCUUCCCCUAACUAUUUUCACCAUGAAAUACUUAUCCUGUCUUUUGUGGUUGCUACCAUCAUUAAUUACUCCAUUACAUUGCCUCCAAGACCAUAUUCCUUCAGGACACAUUGUGGUCCCAUAAAACUAUUUUAAAUUAACCCCACUACCAUUUUGAAUUAUUGCAACUAAGAAAAAAAUGUAUUAAUAUUGUUUGUUAUUUUAAGUUUAGUCACAUCGCUGACUAAAGAUUCUUAAAUGUAUGAUUUUAUUUUUAACCAGUGUUGGCACAGAAGUAUGUAUGUUGUAAGAAAAGUGUUAUUCUGUUUGGCUCAGUGUUGUAUUGCAAUUAGAAACCAUUACAUCAGAUAUUUUUAAUAUGGUUUACUUUCAAAAAGAUGGGACUGUCCUAAUGGAUAAAGUACAUUAUAUGGCAGUAUUUCAGUGUGAAAUACUUCUUUUUGUUGUGUUUUUUUUUAGUUUCAAGACAUUCAUUUGUGUGUGUGUUUGGGCAGCAUACAUGGUAAGUAGCCAAGCAACUUUAUACUCUUGGCCUAAAUAUAACACAAGAUGGUAUAUCUGUCAGGUGGAACAUAAAACCUGUUUUUCAUUUUCUUUGAAUUCAAGCCUUGACUGCCUUUUGUUAGUCCACUGUUGUUACACUUCGAUUUCAGUUUGGUGAUCGCCUCCGUUCUUUUGGUCAAUAUUGCCCUACAACAUUCUGUAAAUAUAUAUGUACACUUAACACGUGACAGAGAAGCAGCUGUUCUAUUUUUGAUAGUUAUGCUCACUCAGGUGAAAUUGGAUCUGCUAGCAUAAAUGCAAGUGGUAAUCUCAGUCCUGAAGUGGCAGCCUCGUGUCGUCAUAAUCAAGUCUUGAGAGAGGGAAGAGCGAGUUUAUGUUGCUGAUCUCUGUGUUGAUACAAUGGCUGUUUAAUGAUGCAAUGUUUGCACAAGUGCUAUACUGUACAUUAGCCUGGGGAUUUUUUUUUUAUUUUCUUUGUAUAAAAUUUAUUUUAUAAUCCACAUUGGAUACAAAUUUCUUCAGUGUGUAUAAAGUUGUGUCUUGGAAAAACUAUAGAAAUGUACUGCUUAUUUAAUAUCUUCUGUCAGAAUAUGGUCAGUUGCUGAGUUAUUCAGCUAGUACAUUUUUAUGGCCCGUUUUGUUCACUUGUAAAAGUAAAGACAUGAUCUUAAAUCUGGGUAUUUUAUAUAGGGUAAUUUUGACAAUGGAGGGAAGGAGACUACAUUCUUUUUUUUUUUUUUUGGAUAUUAUCAUAUAUACACAUGUAUGUGCUCAGACAUUUUCAAUUAAAUAAUUGAUAACUUUUUAAGCAGCUUGAUGACCCAUUACCUAGAGGAGAAACUUAGUCAUGUGUAUAUUGCCAAAGGCUUUUGUUAUUGCCUGAUUUUUCCCUGAUUAUUUUCUGUAACUUUGCAUUGACGCUCAUUGUAUUUUUCCUCAUAUCUAUAAUUUUUUGGCCUGAAGCAUGAUUUGCAAAAUGUUCUCAGAAUGGUUUAAGGCUAAUAAAUGAGUUUAUAAAACA